AGUUAUGUAUGGGUGGUUCAACUAGUAAAUUUCAAAGGAUUUUCUUAUCUGUUUGACUAAUCCAAUAUUUCUAACACCAACCACACGUUCAUCCAGACAAUAGACAUACCCCAAAACAUUUUAAUACUAAUUGAAAAACAAAAAUAAUAUCCAAAAAAAAUAAAAUAAAAAAUGAGAUAGAGUAAGCGCGGAAAAAGAGGGGAGACAAAGAAAAAGAAGUGAUUCCUCCACUAAAAUGGGAACUUCAUCAACAACUAACGACUUCGAUCUUCCCGAUGAAGUUUUACAGGCAUUACCUUCUGAUCCUUUUGCUCAGCUUGAUGUUGCCCGUAAGAUCACCUCCAUUGCCCUUUCGACACGUGUUUCUGCCCUCGAAUCAGAAGCGUCUGUUCUCUGUUCUCAGGUCACCGAAAAAGACGACAUCAUCUCUGAUCUUCAAUCUCAGAUUGAGUCUCUUGAUGCCUCCCUCUCUGAAACUAUAGACCGUGUUUCCCGUGCCGAAAAAGAAAAGGAGAAUUUGUUGAAGGAGAAUAGUUCGUUGUCCAAUACUGUUGCUAAGCUUCGAAGAGAUGUAUCCAAGUUGGAGGUGUUCAGGAAGACACUCAUGCAGUCACUUCAAGAAGAUGAUGGAAGCACUGCAAAAUUGCAAGAGAAAGCCGCUAAGGAAGCUCCUACGUCUACAACUAUUUCUGCUCAGUCACCAAGUGGAGAUGAUGAUCCUGUACCUCCAUCAGCAUAUUCUUCUACCGACACUGAAACUUUAGAACGUGGAUACUCAUAUCGGGAGGAUCGUGUUGCAGAAGUUUCAAGACCUCGGAUAUCACCAGGUCUCUUGUUAGCAUCACAAACUAGCACUCCUCGCCUCACUCCUCCGGGCUCUCCUCCUAUAUCUGCAUCUGUGUCACCAUCCAGAACAUCUAAGCCAGCAUCACCAAGGAGACAUUCUGUUUCAUUUUCAACAACCGGAGGCAUGCUUGAUUCUUUGCCUUCAAGCACCCAUAGUUCUUUUUCAGGUUCUGAAUCGACAAGCGGGAGACCUCGAGUUGAUGGGAAAGAAUUCUUCCGCCAAGUCAGGAGUCGUCUCUCUUAUGAACAAUUUGGUGCACUUUUAGCAAAUGUGAAGGAGCUGAAUUCACACAAGCAAACAAAAGAAGAAACACUUCGGAAAGCUGAUGAUAUUUUUGGUCCUGACAAUAAAGACCUGUAUACAGUUUUCGAAGGUUUGCUGAAUCGUAAUGUGCAUUAAAGCGUUCUUCUAAUUCUUCUAUAUUUUUGUUUCAAAAUUGUUAUUUUUGGUGCAAUUAAGAGCAUCUUAUUCUUAAAUAAUAAGUAAUUUUUUAUCUAUUGAACGCAUUUAAGUUAUAUGAUUUUGAGAAUUUGUACAAAUUUGAUCUGCCAUUGUAAAUUUACCUUUGCAUCUUCUUUGUAAAUGAAUGGAAUUCAUAA